GCCGUAGGCACAGCACACCAUCCAUCUCAUGUAAGUCAGUUGAAAGAGUCUCGCUCAUCUGUCGUUUGUCCGUCCGUCCGGCCAGCAUCAUCCAUCUAACUAAAGCGAACGAAUUCCCGCCCCACACCGAGUCGAUGCAUGGAUUCUUCCCGACCAUUCUCGCUCACACAUUCAGAUCACUGUAAGUUUCCUGACCUGGCUGCUGCCCCACUACUCGUCGAUGGAGGCCCAACAGCCUGACACACACAGACCACAGAGAGAGAUGACGGGAGAUGCUCCUGCUCUCUCUCUCAAUCAGCCGAGCACCUCACCUGCAGCAGUGUCUUGAUGGCAGCCUUGACUUUGUCCAUGUCCCGCUUCUUCAAACGCGCCGCAGCGCUCUCCCCUUCGGCUGCUGGGUCGUCGUCUGUGCCGACGGUGUCGAGCAGCCACUUGAGCAGCGAUGCCUCGGGGCCGUCAGGGCCGCCGCGGGUGAGCAAAUCGCACAGCUCCUUGUUCUUGAGUAGACGGAGACACACAAAGGCAGGGGGCUAUGGUUGUGGGAUCUGGUGGGGGGGUGGGUAUGUUCGCGUGCGUGUGUGCGUGCCUUGUGUCGAGUGAGGCGGCUUUGGGCCCAUCGGGUAAGGGCUGCCACCAACGCACUCGCACAACGGAGCUGACAGACGGAGACACGGACACACACAUGAGAAGAUGGGCAACGCUGUGGUUUGCGUCUGAUGUGAGAGUGACCCACCUCUUCAACCAGUCUAUCGGGCACUCCUGACGGACCGACACACACACAGAGAGACAGGCACUCAUAGGUAUUCACCUGGGAAAGAUAGACGCACGUGUGUGUUGUCACCGGCGUGGCUGCCAUCUGUGUUGUUGAUAUUGAUGUUGCGCUGCAGCCCAGGCGUCACCUGCACCUCCACUGACACACCGACCCCCUGAUCCUCAUCCUCACCCUGACCACCACCCCCUCCCUCUCCGUCGCCAUCAGCCCCUACACCAGCACCAGCACCCUCCCCCGCCACACGCCCCUCCCUCUCCUCCUUCAGACGCCGCCCGUACUUCUCCAACUGUGUCACACACACACACAACAGCAGAAACAACAACACGGGGGCAUUUGUGGUGCUGACAUUUCGGACCUGAUCGCGGAUGAACCUAGGGCCCGGCACCAGCUGGUGUGGGAACAGUGGCAGCCGCGUUAGAGGGGACCUCUGGCGUCGAUCGAGCUCUUUGAGCAGUGGUGAGAGGUCGUACACGGUGCCGUGGGGCGUGAUGACGGGGCGGGAGGGGAAGUUGAGCGUGAUGGGGUCGAUGUAGUCCCGGUACUGGGGCUCGAUCGCCUCGUCCGGCAACGCAUCCAAAUACGCUGACACACACACACACACACGGACGGAAACAUCGGCAAGAAGUGCAUUGGGCCGUGUGCGUGUGAGUGGUUCCUCCCUCCCUUGCCUUUGAUCUCGGGGUCGAUCCUGACGGCCCGCUCAUAGGCGGGAGGUGAGGGGGGGCGCCAUACGAUGCCAUUGUUCCGGUUGUGCAUCAGGCCUCGGUCGGCCGCAGUGUCCUCGAUCAUGCCCCACACACGGCGGCGAUUCGCGCGGGGGGCCAUCCUGCACACAUACACACACACACACACACACACACACACAAGAAACCAUUGUGUUUGGCUGUGUCUGUGUUGAUGGGCACUUUGUGUUCUGACCUGCCGUAGGGCGGUGUCGGCGGGAGAGGUGCCAGCUGCGGGCGGAUGCUGUUAGCAACACGAACACCGACACCUGCACACACACACACACACACACACACACGGACAGAUGCACAACACACACACCCUCCCUCCCUCCUGACCCACCUGGUGGGGUGCCCGGUGACCUCUGCAUCUCCCCGGGCACAGCCGGCAGCGCCUCCCCGCCAUUGCCAUUGCGAUUCCUCUGUGGGGUCUCAUACUCGUCGUCUAUCUCAUUGUCCGGCACGGCACUGCCGGCUGGCGGGGCGUCAGCCAACGGGGGAGGGGAGUUGGACACACUGGGCACACGAACCACUUCUACAGGGCGGUCGCGUCCACCACCUGAGGGCUCGUGGGAGGGAAAGGCAGCACACAUGAUCAUGUGAUGUUCCACGUCACCAUGUACGUGUGUCGCUUUCGUGUACCUGCCAGUGCAUCUGCGACAUUGCGUCCCCUCCCCGCUCCCUCCUGCCCGCCCAAGUUGGCCAUAGCCAGCCUUCCGAUAGCCUGCCUCACGUCACCGCCAUGAUAACCAAUACCAACAUGAGGGCCGACACGAGGACGAGCUAUGCUCAGCUGCAGGUGAGGGCGGUUCACGUCCGCUGCCGGACGGUCGGCUUCAUUGCGAGGGUGCACAGGGGGCUGACUACGCCCACGUGGAUGCAUCAUCGGGGCGCCAACGCGCUGCGGAAUUGGAACUCGCAGCGGUGAGCCCUCAUGGCGUCGGUGAUUGGCAAGAAUGGGCCCAGCGGGAAGGACGGGGGGAGGGCUGGGGGGUCGGGGCCUUAUCCGCCGAUGCAUUAUGCUGUCACAGAGCUAAUACAGCCUCACCAACGCAUACAUUCGAGCCCUUCCUGCACCAACACAAAAUUGAUCACAAAGGGCAUCAACGGACAUCACCAGAAGGCUUCAAGCGCCAAUCCUCCUCACCUGAGGCCCGGAGGAAGGCCAGUUCAC